GAUCCUGGGAGUAGAGGAGGUGCUGGAGGGGCGGGGUGCAGCCACAGGAGAAGGUCCAACGGAAUUUCCGAACAGAGCCUGACCCAUGAUCCUUGCCAUGGCCACGAACACUACAUCUCCUGCAGCACCUUCCUCACCAGGCGUCGUGUUCAUCUCUCUGCUGGCUAUCAUCCUACUGUCAGUGGCUCUGGUUGUGGGGCUCCCUGGCAACAGUUUUGUGGUGUGGAGCAUCCUGGUCAAGAUGCGAAAGCGUUCUGUCACUGCUGUGCUGGUGCUGAACUUGGCCCUGGCUGACUUGGCCGUAUUGCUCACUGCCCCCUUUUUCCUCCACUCCCUGGCCCGAGGCACCUGGAUUUUUGGAGUGGCUGGCUGCCGCCUGUUCCACUAUGUUUGCGGAGUCAGCAUGUAUGCCAGUGUUCUGCUUAUCGCGGCCAUGAGCCUGGACCGCUCGCUGGCCGUGGCUCUCCCCUUUGUGUCCCAGAAGAUGCGUACCAAGGCGUUUGCCUGGCGGUUGCUGGCAGGCAUCUGGGUGGUAUCAUUUCUGCUGGCCACGCCCGUCAUCGUAUACCGCACUGUGGAACUGAAAUACGGGAACCUGGUCUGCUUUCCAGUAUACCCCAGCGAAAGUCACAGGGCCUUCCAUCUGCUGUUCGAGGCCAUCACUGGCUUCCUGUUGCCCUUCCUGGCCGUGGUGGCCAGCUACUCAGACAUCGGACGCAGGCUGCGGGCCCGGCGCUUCCGCCGCAGCCGGCGCACGGGCCGCCUGGUGGCGCUCAUCAUCCUGGCCUUCGCCGCUUUCUGGCUGCCCUAUCACCUAGUGAACCUGGCUGAGGCUGGCCGUGUGCUGGCGGGCCAGGCAGGGGUGGGGUCUGUAGGGCAGCGGCUGCGCCUGGCCCGCCAUGUGCUCAUCGCUCUGGCCUUUCUGAGCAGCAGCGUGAACCCCCUGCUGUAUGCAUGCGCAGGAGGUGGCCUUCUUCGUUCAGCCGGUGUGGGCUUCAUCGCCAAACUGUUGGAGGCCACUGGCUCUGAGGCGUCUAGCACCCGACGUGGGGUCACAUUGGGCCAGACUGUGAAGGGCGCCCCCACCUCUCCUGAGUCUAACCCAGCUGAGAGCCUCACUGUCUCCACCGAACCUCUCCAGUGAAGUGAACUGAACCAGGCCUGGAGAGUGGUGGUGGAAGAACACUUGCUUUCCUCCUGGCAGAAUGCCCCGGCGCUGGCCUGA